CCCUGUGGGCGCACAAUGCCGGGUGGGGCCGCCUGCCGGUCGGGCGUUAGGAUUCCUUUCUCGGGUGGCGGGACACGGGGCUGGGGCCUGGGCCGAGCUGACGGGAGACGGACGUGCAGGGAGGGCGAGUGCGGAGCCCGGAAGUGCGCUUGGGUCCAGUUUCCCUGCUUUUCCCGUACAAUGCAGAUCUUCGUGAAAACCUUGACCGGCAAGACCAUCACCCUCGAGGUCGAGCCCAGCGACACCAUUGAGAAUGUCAAGGCCAAGAUCCAAGACAAAGAGGGCAUCCCCCCUGACCAGCAGCGGCUGAUCUUUGCCGGCAAGCAGCUGGAAGACGGGCGCACCCUGUCCGACUACAACAUCCAGAAGGAGUCCACUCUGCACCUGGUCCUGCGCCUCAGAGGUGGGAUGCAGAUCUUCGUGAAGACCUUGACCGGCAAGACCAUCACCCUCGAGGUCGAGCCCAGCGACACCAUCGAGAAUGUCAAGGCCAAGAUCCAAGACAAAGAGGGCAUCCCCCCUGACCAGCAGCGGCUGAUCUUUGCCGGCAAGCAGCUGGAAGACGGGCGCACCCUGUCCGACUACAACAUCCAGAAGGAGUCCACUCUGCACCUGGUCCUGCGCCUCAGAGGUGGGAUGCAGAUCUUCGUGAAGACCUUGACCGGCAAGACCAUCACCCUCGAGGUCGAGCCCAGCGACACCAUCGAGAAUGUCAAGGCCAAGAUCCAAGACAAAGAGGGCAUCCCCCCUGACCAGCAGCGGCUGAUCUUUGCCGGCAAGCAGCUGGAAGACGGGCGCACCCUGUCCGACUACAACAUCCAGAAGGAGUCCACUCUGCACCUGGUCCUGCGCCUCAGAGGUGGGAUGCAGAUCUUCGUGAAGACCUUGACCGGCAAGACCAUCACCCUCGAGGUCGAGCCCAGCGACACCAUCGAGAAUGUCAAGGCCAAGAUCCAAGACAAAGAGGGCAUCCCCCCUGACCAGCAGCGGCUGAUCUUUGCCGGCAAGCAGCUGGAAGACGGGCGCACCCUGUCCGACUACAACAUCCAGAAGGAGUCCACUCUGCACCUGGUCCUGCGCCUCAGAGGUGGGAUGCAGAUCUUCGUGAAGACCUUGACCGGCAAGACCAUCACCCUCGAGGUCGAGCCCAGCGACACCAUCGAGAAUGUCAAGGCCAAGAUCCAAGACAAAGAGGGCAUCCCCCCUGACCAGCAGCGGCUGAUCUUUGCCGGCAAGCAGCUGGAAGACGGGCGCACCCUGUCCGACUACAACAUCCAGAAGGAGUCCACUCUGCACCUGGUCCUGCGCCUCAGAGGUGGGAUGCAGAUCUUCGUGAAGACCUUGACCGGCAAGACCAUCACCCUCGAGGUCGAGCCCAGCGACACCAUCGAGAAUGUCAAGGCCAAGAUCCAAGACAAAGAGGGCAUCCCCCCUGACCAGCAGCGGCUGAUCUUUGCCGGCAAGCAGCUGGAAGACGGGCGCACCCUGUCCGACUACAACAUCCAGAAAGAGUCCACUCUGCACCUGGUCCUGCGCCUCAGAGGUGGGAUGCAGAUCUUCGUGAAGACCUUGACCGGCAAGACCAUCACCCUCGAGGUCGAGCCCAGCGACACCAUCGAGAAUGUCAAGGCCAAGAUCCAAGACAAAGAGGGCAUCCCCCCUGACCAGCAGCGGCUGAUCUUUGCCGGCAAGCAGCUGGAAGACGGGCGCACCCUGUCCGACUACAACAUCCAGAAGGAGUCCACUCUGCACCUGGUCCUGCGCCUCAGAGGUGGGAUGCAGAUCUUCGUGAAGACCUUGACCGGCAAGACCAUCACCCUCGAGGUCGAGCCCAGCGACACCAUCGAGAAUGUCAAGGCCAAGAUCCAAGACAAAGAGGGCAUCCCCCCUGACCAGCAGCGGCUGAUCUUUGCCGGCAAGCAGCUGGAAGACGGGCGCACCCUGUCCGACUACAACAUCCAGAAGGAGUCCACUCUGCACCUGGUCCUGCGCCUCAGAGGUGGGAUGCAGAUCUUCGUGAAGACCUUGACCGGCAAGACCAUCACCCUCGAGGUCGAGCCCAGCGACACCAUCGAGAAUGUCAAGGCCAAGAUCCAAGACAAAGAGGGCAUCCCCCCUGACCAGCAGCGGCUGAUCUUUGCCGGCAAGCAGCUGGAAGACGGGCGCACCCUGUCCGACUACAACAUCCAGAAGGAGUCCACUCUGCACCUGGUCCUGCGCUUAAGAGGAGGUGUCUAAGUUAUCCUUUUAAGCUUUCAACCAAUUUAAAUUGCACUUUUCUUUCAAUAAAGUUGUUGCAUUCCCAAA